AAUUAACAGGUGAACAAAAUUUUGUAGGCCUGGUUAGUCGAUAUUGGCAACAUCUGCAUAACAUUUUGUACAAAAUUUGCUGCUGAACAUUAAAAACUAUGGACCGUUCGAAUGUCGAUAGUGCUUUCGAACGCUUUAUCACGUCCACAAUAGCUACAUUGAUUACAAUAAUUUUUUCAUGGCGUCUUCUUGUCGAAAUGAACGACGUUCCACCUGCCCGACAGGAGGCGCUUGAGGUGAAAGAGACGCCUGUACAAAGGGAUAUAGACAUCGAUUCUGAUUCUGAGAGCGAAAAUUCAGGUAUUUCAGCCGUUUUAGCUCGACCUCUGGAAGCGAUAACGGAAGAGGACACCGAUGAUUUAUCUGAAGUCGAAGAUAAGGAAAAAUUGAUUCUUGUUACCAUGGAAACAAGUGAAACUUGGAUGUUUAAUGAUAAUAGUCCAAACGAUAGCCCGAUAAAGGAGAGAUUAAAUUCUCAAUUUACUUAUAGUAAAGAAUUAGAUAUACAGGACGAUGUAGAUAGUGAUGAAUUUCUCUUAAUACCAAAUUCAGCCAAGAUAUGUACAGCUGUUGCUACUAGUAAAGCUAAGGCGGAAGAGAACAGUACCGUGGCAUCUGCUAAAGCCACUGGACUAAAUCCAUACAUAGCUGUUGCCAGAGCCACAGCAAAAGCUGCUUCAACUGCUUCAGCUAAUCUACAUAAAGAUUCUCCUAGGCAAUUAGACGUUACAAUUUCUACUUCUGUUCGGCUUACGGAUGAUAAUAGUAAUUUUAGACCCUCGGAAGAGAAACAAAGUAACGGUUCAAUUUUCUAUGUUACAAAAAAUCAGUUGGACGAUGGCGAAAUUUUAAAAGUUGUAAGGGAAGAAGUUCGUGUAGAGGACGAGACAGACUCUUUGAGUCCCUUGAUUUUACAGAAAACUUUUUCUGGCGAUAAAAAUACAAAAGGUUUUGCCCAUCAUGGAUUUUCAUUUGGAGGAGCUGAAAGAAGAAGAAUCCUAACCGAGGGUGAAGACUAUCAAUCUUCCACGGAUAGUCUUCGAAGACACGAUUGGAACAGAUCUAAUAGCUCCCGAAAUGAGGACCUCCUCAGUCUAAGAAGUUCAGAUUGGAUUGAUAGAGAAACAAUGGGCAGUGAAAAUUGGAGUACUUUCUCCGAGAAUCAGUGGGUUGAAAUGGAGAGCGAUAGUCAACCUUCUGGAAGAAAAAAUCAGUUAGGAAUGUCUGGAUCUGAGAGUUUAGGAGAAACAAGUAACAACCAAUCAACUGAUAUAUCAUUUUCAAUAGACUCUAAUACAACAUCGAGAUUUUACACCGAAUCUGAUAGCAAUCUAGACAACACAUCAGAGGUAAAUUUCAAGAAAAAGUCUUGGACGGAUAUCUUAACUGUACCAUCCAAAAGUAAACCGAGAGAAAAAGAGAUUCCAUUUGAAAGAGUUGUCAGAAAAGUGUCUGAUCGAAAUUUCGGUGAGAAAUAUUCCGCGUCAGGCCCUAGUAGCCUUUCACGAUCUGAGGGACUUGAAACGAAUUAUUCACAAAAUUUCGAUAAUAGCCUCAGAGAGAAUUUUUCCAUUACACAAGAAAAGUGUGACGAUCGAUUCGAGGUUAACGAUUGUUUAAGCCGCCAAUCAACAAAUAGGCCUAAAAUCCCACCUGAGGGACCUGACAACAAUAACUACACUGUGCUGGAAAGAGAACAGAAAGAAGGCCCUGGAUAUUCUAGUGAAGAAAAGUCGUCCGACUCAACUCUCAAAGACGAAGAUAAAAUGUUGAAAUCAGCACCAAAAUCAAUUAUUAAAAACGUUCCUCUCGUUCCUUUCUCGACGUUACCACAGCCAGUUCCUCUUAAAGAUGAAUUUGAAAAAAGAAAGAAGAGACAUAAGCAGAAUUCAUUAAAGAACUUGAUAGUUGUAGAUAUAGAUAUUGAAAAUGAUAAGAAACCUCAAAGGAAAAAGAAGCUAUUGGAGAAAACUCUAAAGCAUUUAUCGGAAUAUAGGCCAAAGGUGCAAGAAAUAACUAAAACAGAUUGGAACCUUAAAUUGAAUAGACGCUACAAAAGUCAAGGAAAUAUGGCAUCUCUAUCAUCAUCAACUAGUUCAAUAGUCGGACAGUUUUUUAACAAUAGAGGUAGUUCUUGCACGAAUUUAUUAGAGACAGAUAUCGACAGUCUGGAACAAAGUCACGUCCAGGAAACAGAUAUCGACGAAGCGUGGGCGGAAAAAUCUCAAAGUAUGACAAAUUUAAAUAAAUCGAAGGAUGCUGAGAAGAAAAGAUUCGUUCCUACUUUUUAUACAUCGGAAAUUCAAUUAGAUAUUUGGAAAUCAUCGGAAAAUCUUGAUGUUCCUAAGUGGUUUAAAGAUAAUUAUUCUGGAGAAAAAAUCAAUAUCCUAAAGAAAAACCCCACGUUAGAUUCAAGUAAUAAAAAAUAUAAUACUCAAACUAAUUCUAGUACAGACAAGGUGGAUGGCAGACAAAAGCCUAUUGUUAUAGUCAAACGGGUGACAAAACCUCUAUCGAAAUCAUGUGAAUCUCUUAGAGCAGGGAGGAAACUUGAACAUUUUGAACUGCCGAGUGCAAAGUUCAAGAAGCACGCACCACCAAUAAAACCUAUUAAAAUAAUGAGUAAAGAGGAUAUACUUGGUAAAACUCCCCCAAAAAUUCCCCAAAAAACUGAUGAAUGCCGUGAGGCAUAUCUAAAAUAUCGUAUGCAAAUGAGUAUCAAUUCCGCUAAAGAUGGGCCAGAUGGUGCUCAAAAUCCUCUUUCAUAUAUUAAAGACGACCGUAAGCAAUUCUUUAACGAUCCAAUUUUAUUAAAUGAUGUAAACACAAACGACAAAGUUAAUAUUUCAGGAGAACUCUCAGAGAGCUCUCUUGCGAAUGGACAAAAUAAAAAUAAUGAACAUCAAGAUGACCCAAAUUCAAUAAAUAAGUUUGAUGCCAAUAAAUAUAUCAUUAACAAAGAUAGAAACAUUGAAAAAGAAGAAAGUCUACCAAAUGACAAAUCGAAUAUCCAAAAUGGAGAUGAAAGAGCUAUUUCCCGCUGGGAUGAUGAUAUUGACAAACCAAACUUUAUUAGAAGAGAAAAUGAAAUUCAACAGAACACAAGAGAGUUACAGAACGAGUCAGAAAGUAAAUUUGAAGAUGGUUUUCCAGUUCUAACACUUCAAAUGAGUCCAGGGUCAAGGAGGAGAUUGCGAAGUCCUAUUUUACCAAAGAAGGAUGUCCAAAUUCAACUAACCAAGACAGACUCUGAUAUCGACAUCGAACGUGUAUUUAAUCAGCUACUGGGAAAUAAUGAAUGCCUUGGCGAUGACGACAGAUCAAAUAUUGAAAUUGUCGGAACGGAAGAGUCCAACAUAGGAGUAUCAAAGUUUGCCAGAAGAGAGUCUGUUUCAAGUUUUGAAGAGAAGUUAACAUUCACUGACGUUCCUAUUGAAAGUUACGAUAUGCCUACUAAAUCAAAACCUCUUAGACCAAGCGUCAGACGACUGGGAGAUUUACCUGAUAAAGAUUCGCUUGGCAUUGAAAUAAAAUGUAGAAAUUCCUUUUGUAACAAAAGGGUUCCCUUCUCCUCGGCUAGGGAAACCUACAAAACUUGCCACAGUUGUUACACAUACUAUUGCAGUAGAGAUUGUAGAACUCAACAUUGGGACCAACAUAAACGUAAAUGUUUAUAUUCUAAAGUAAAUUCAUUAUGUAAGAACAUACUAAAGAAAAUACACGACGAGAAGAAAUUACUUUACGAGUUUUCAAAGAAGGCUAGAACUGGCUUUUUAACCAAAGGACGUGGUUGCUUAAUUUUAGUCUUCAAAGAUCAGAGAAAAUCUGAAGACUUUUUAAAUAUUGGAAAUUUGAAAUCAUUGCAUCUUAGCCCUUUAUAUGUUAGCUUGAAUGAUUUAAAGAGAGCUAGCGAUGAGAAAUCUGGUCAUUUAUCAGAACUAAUUGAUAUGGUUAAUUCUUAUAAUCCAGAUUUAAAAUGGGUCAUGGAUGUUGAGAUCGUUGCCUCUGAGUUAGAAUAUCAACACAGGCCGAAACCUCGUAAGACAGGACCUGUUAUUAAGAGAUGUGUUAAAUUAAGAUUAAGCAAUGAUUUUACGAAACAAAAGAGGUCCGUUCCAGAAUAUGAAACACUUAUUCUAACGGCUGUUCCUGGUUCGGAAUUCUCUGAGAAUUUAGAUGAAAAGAAAGCCAGAGAAUUAUGUUUUGCAAAUAUUCAAAGAAAAUUUCAGGAAAGAGGCGUCAACUUGCAAAAAGAAUUUACGAAAGUUUAUGGUCAGUUAUGUAGAUUUGUGGAGAAUAAUGAGCAUUUUAGCCCAAUAUCUAUCUAUCCAAUUGAUAGAAGAACUGGAAAAAAGUUUAUGUGCUUGAUUAUGCCUGAUUCUGAGCCAGAAAUUGAAUGGAUUACUCAGCCCGAUAUUGCUGCUGAAUUGGACUUGAGUACCGAUUUAUAAAAUUAAUUUAUUGUACAAAAAAAGAAGAAAAAUGACACUUUCCUAUAUUUUCUACAUUCGAAACAUUGAUAAUAAUUUUUAUAUUUGGAUGGUUGCUAAAACGAAAAUUAAUGUAUUUAAAUAAAUCAGUGCUGUGAAAAAAGACGGAGGUACUUUAUUAAUUAGUGAAGCAAAAGAGAAUAGUUUUUAAUGUCUUGCCUUAUUACGGAAAUGAAUUUAAUUGAAAUAUGCAAUGUUUUUUAAUAGUAAUACAUUUCUACAACAAUGACAAUUUAUAAUUGGAAAAAGACUUGAUUAGUUCUAAUGUUAUACAUAUACUGUGUAUACAAGUAUACUGUAUGUAUAUAUAUAUUGUAUAUAACAAAUU